AUGAGCGGUGCAAUGAGAAAUAAAGUGCAAAGAAAAUUCAAGAUGAGAGGCUACACGCUAAAAGUGGAAGCCCUCUCCGAAAUACAUUCAUUUGUUAGCCGCUUUUCGGAAGCAGAGGACGAAGCCCUCGAUCUCCUCCUUGACGAGCUCCACCACUCCUCCCUGAAGUCUUCGAUACUGGAUAAGGAGUCGGUGCACCGAGUUGUGAGUCUUGCUGGAAGCCGAGGCUGCAGUGGAGGAGAGCCCAACAAACAUACAGGGAAGCUUCCAAUUCACGGCGAUGCAUCUGCCAAAGCCACAUUAUCCAGGGAUAGGUUUGUCUUGUUGUUUCAGAGGCUUUCUCGUGACCCCGAUUUUUCUAGGCCAGUUUUUGAUACUGAUAUUUCUGAUUACGGAAGCUGUCAGAUAUCUACAAUUCAAUCUCUGGUUGGGCAAACAGAGAAAAGAUGGGUGAUGGGUUUGAUAUCUCAACUGGAGGAUGGUCAUUUCUACUUGGAAGACUUGACUGCAGCUGUGGAAAUUGAUUUAGUCAAUGCAAUAUCCUUUGCUAUUUCAGUUCAUCAUCUAUUUUCUUCACCGAGUUUUGAUACAUAUAGCUAG